AUGUCCUCCACAGCUCCUAAUCGCGAUAUCAUGGAACGCUUUCGAUCGAAGGAGGAGCAGCUGUUCCUCAAAUGGAAAGUGGUGAUGAACCCCAGUGAGCUUCUGCGUGGGAUUAUUUCAAACCAGGAGAAUGCCCGUUCCCUAUUUCACGGUCUGAGACGCCAGGUCAGAGCCAUCCGCCGUCGCUCGCAAGCCUAUCGGGAUGGCCAGGUCACAAUCUUUGACUUGGUUCUGAUUCGCCUUUUUGAUGCUGGACACUCCAUGCAGGACUAUGGACUCCUGGAGUUCUAUCUCGCUGAAUUUCUGGGAACAAGAGACUGUGUCUCAACCGCUGAUGCGAACCGCAUUGUUGCUGCCCAUCUUGCUGCUCAGCGUAUCCUGGACGAUGGUCCCAUCGACGAGCUGCCCACCGUGAAGACCGCCAAUGUUCAAGACCAAGAGCCCACCAGCACCCAGAACAGCACCUCCACCCACUACUCCGAGGAAGCCAAGCCACCCUACCUUGACAAUCUUAUUAGAGUCUACGAGCGAGCCAAGGAUGACUACUACAAGUCCGGCGUUACCCACACCCACAACGAACGUUCCAACAUUGUUCGCUUUCUCCGUGAUACCGCUGAAAACCUCUUACGAUACCUCGAGGCCUUUGACCAGGAACAUGAGCUCAUUCCCGAGCUCACCGAUGUCAUUAAGAGCAGCCAAGCCCGUGCCGAGGAGCUUGCUGGUGGCCGCAAACGCAAGUUCGAAGACUAUCAGCGAUCUCCAUCCAUGAGUCCUUGGCGUAAUACUGGAUAUACCUAUGAGUACGACCACCGCACCGGCCGUGGCGGAUACGUCAAGGAUGGAUGGGACCACAGUCGUGUCUCUGAGACCUGGAACCGUGCCUUGGACUCUUACCGUCCAAGAUAUUCCCUGCACCGACACUGA